UCUCUCUCUCCAUAACUCAUCUCCCCUUUUCUCUCUCAGAAGUGAGAACAUACAGUCGAAAACUGACGUGUUUGGUUAUCUUGAUCAAUCAAUUUGCUUCAUCUCCACCAUCAAGUUGACCUUCUCCACACUCUACAACUGUGUUCAUAACUCAAUUUCCAGAUUAAAUAAUUAUUUACAUAUUAUUAAAUCUGUGAUUGUUUUCAACGCUUUCUUGUUCAUUGAAUCUGGACGGAAUUCCGCCUCUCCUCUCAGUUUCUUGAAGACGUGAUGAGGAUGUGUUGCAAUGCAAUUUGCCAACUGCUGCCUUAAGUCACAUCAACUCUAAAUUUAAGUUAAGGAAGGAUGAGUCGCAUCGGAGAUGAAGCAGGCGACAUUGCGAGCGCCGCCUCCUCCCGCCGCCACGAGCAUUACGUGCACAAGGUGGGGAAGCCGCCGAAGCAGCGGUUGGUGGACGAGAUAAGCCACACCUUCAAAGAGACAUUCUUCCACGACGACCCUCUCCGCCCGUUCAAGGACCAGCCCAAGUCCAAGAUGCUCUUGCUCGGGGCCCAGGCCGUUUUCCCUAUCCUCGAAUGGGGCCGCCGCUACAAGCUCAGCAUGCUUAAAGGCGACAUCAUCGCCGGCCUCACCAUCGCCAGUCUCUGCAUCCCUCAGGAUAUCGGAUACGCCAAGCUGGCUAAUUUGGAUCCUCAGUAUGGCCUGUAUAGCAGCUUUGUUCCGCCGUUGAUUUACGCCAUGAUGGGGAGCUCCAGGGAUAUAGCGAUUGGCCCGGUGGCGGUGGUGUCUCUCCUGCUCGGGAGUAUGCUUCGAGCAGAGAUCGACCCCAAGUUGCAUAAGGAUGACUACGAGCGCCUUGCCUUUACCGCUACCUUUUUCGCUGGAAUUACUCAGUUUGUUCUUGGUUUCUUCAGGCUGGGAUUCUUGAUCGACUUUCUAUCGCAUGCUGCGAUUGUGGGGUUUAUGGGGGGCGCGGCCAUCACCAUCAGCCUUCAGCAGCUCAAGGGUUUGCUCGGUAUAAAGUCCGCCCGCUUCACCAAGAAAACCGACAUUGUAUCUGUCAUGCGCUCCGUCUGGACUAAUGCAAAUCAUGGGUGGAACUGGCAGACCAUUGUGAUAGGGGUUUCAUUCUUGGCCUUUCUACUCACUGCCAAGUUUAUUGGAAAGAAGAAGAGGAAACUCUUCUGGGUUCCGGCGAUAGCUCCCUUGAUCUCAGUCGUCCUCUCCACCUUCUUCGUAUUCAUCACUCAUGCAGAAGAUGAUGGAGUCGAAAUUGUACGACACAUCGAGAAAGGCAUAAACCCUAGCUCCCUCCACCGAAUCUUCUUCUCCGGAACCUACCUUGCGAAAGGAUUCAAGAUUGGCGCAGUCGCAGGACUUGUCGCACUAACUGAAGCUGUGGCGAUCGGGAGGACAUUCGCGGCCAUGAAGGACUACCACUUGGACGGGAACAAGGAAAUGGUGGCGUUAGGAUCGAUGAACAUCAUUGGAUCGAUGACGUCUUGCUAUGUGGCGACAGGGUCGUUCUCGCGGUCAGCUGUGAACUACAUGGCUGGAUGCAAGACCGCCAUGUCGAACAUAGUGAUGUCAAUGGUGGUGCUGCUGACUCUGUUCCUGAUCACUCCUCUGUUCAAGUACACCCCCAAUGCCAUCUUGGCCUCCAUCAUUAUCUCGGCCGUCGUUGGCCUCUUGGACUAUGAAGCCAUGCUCCUCAUAUGGAAGAUCGACAAGUUCGAUUUCGUUGCCUGUAUGGGAGCUUUCUUUGGGGUGGUCUUCAUCGGCGUUGAGAUGGGGCUUCUCAUUGCGGUCGCCAUUUCCUUGGCUAAAAUCCUGCUUCAAGUCACUCGGCCGCGUAUUGCUAUUCUUGGGAAAGUCCCCAGAACUUCAGUUUACCGGAACAUCCAGCAGUAUCCUGAGGCUACUAAGAUUUCUGGUCUUGUUAUUGUCCGUGUCGACUCCGCCAUCUACUUCUCCAACUCCAAUUACGUUCGGGAAAGGAUAUUGAGGAUUCUGGAGGAUGAGGAGGAAAUAGAAAAGCAGAAGAUACAUCAUUUGAUCAUUGAUAUGUCACCUGUGACAGAUAUAGACACAAGUGGGAUUCAUUCCAUGGAAGAUCUUCACAAGGCUCUGAAAAAGAGAGAUAUUGAGCUUGUGUUAGCAAAUCCGGGGCAGGCAGUGCUGGACAAGCUGCACGCGUCCGACUUUGCUGAGGCAGUCGGAGACGAGAGGAUCUUCCUCGGCGUGGCGGAUGCUAUCUCCACUUUGGUUCCCAAAAUGCAGCCUUGAGAGAUCACAUUUGAGGUGUGUGUGUUUGUGUUAUUUUGAGGAGUGUAUGUGUACACAUCUUUGUUGUGUUUCAUGAUGAUUGUGAGUUUGUAACAAAAGCAUUUUUUUUUUCUCUA